GGGUUAAAGUUCACCCAUGCCUGCUGUAAACCGAGGGUUAAAGUUCACCCCUUUUAAAGUUCACUGUAUUACUUCACGUAUUUAACCCUUAAAGAGUCGGGGGGGGACAGAAUCCGCCAACUGUUGAUUUUUGCUGAUAGCAUCUCCGGGAUUAAUUUCUGCGUGCUAAUACUAAUGACUAUUUUCUCCAAGGCGUUAGCUUCAUUUUGACCCAAUAUUUAUGAAAAUUAGACGUGGCGUUCUCUCUCAGGGAAGAAUUUUAGGAGGCAGGGUGAGGUAUAUGACCAUUGACUUUGUACACACAUACAAAGGGCGGAGUGAAUAAUUAAUGAGUCAUAAUUAUGCAAAAACGUGAUUCAUUUACAUAUAAUUUCACACAGAUGAUUAGUAUGUAUGCCUGUAUGAGACUUUUAAAUUUAAUUGAAAUAGAUCAUCGUAUGGCCGAGAUCUGGGGGGGGGGGAGUUCCCCCCGGCUGUGACAAGGCCCCCAAAAAUGGCUCUUUGAGGGCUAAGCGGUAUCCAUUUUAAGAGAAAAAAUAUUUCGACACAUAUCAUCCCUUCAACGAAGUUAGAUUUUGUUUGUUGCUACGUGUAUUUUGUAAAACUUGAAAUUACUUUUAGCUGAAACGUUAAAACACACGGAGUAUUAUCAUUUAAAAGAAAAUGCACUGCGUUAUCAUAUUAAAAGGGGUACUGUUUAUUUCAUAAUGACUGAUUGAAACUUUAGUAGACAUAUACAUUUAACAUUUAAAAACAUCUUCCCGCCGGGGGGGGGUUGGGAAUCGUGUGUAUAUACGCAGAGCUGGGGUGCCGGGUUUCGGACCAAAGAGCUCGUGUGUGUAACAAAAGACUGCACUUGGAACAAAGGACCUGCUGCUGGGAAUUGCCAUCAUUUAUCAACUUCCAUUUUUCGAAGGUGAUCCAGCACUGUUUCGAAACAGCAUACCCUUGUUUUGGGAAUUGCGGGCCCCACUGAUGAGCGACACAGCGCCGCCGGUAGCUAAUUCAGCUGCGUAUGAAAAGACACUACUGGCAUUCACCGGAACAAAGGGAAUUAUGCAAUGCCUCACAAUUCUGGGGUCUUUUUUUGUGACCCAUCAAAAAGAAUUAUGUAAUAGUUGGUAUCAUAUUGCAUGUUUCAAAUUUCUGUGGUAUUUGUUUCACGUUGACAUUGUAUUCAGUGCCCAGAUACUACCAGUUAUACCGAUGCCCAGUACUCAGCCAUACUUGGUAGGGCGCAGCUUAUGUUUGAUACAGCUGCCAACAAGCUUCACUAUGAGAGCCCAGGUGGCGCUAGAAGCAACCCGCUGCUCAUGAUAGAUGGAGAACGUUUCACACAGAUCGUUGUGGAUGAAAACGUCUUUAACGACAUAGAUGUCAUGUUCAUCGGUACAGAAAAUGGGACUGUACUGAAAACGUACCUGAACACUGACCGAUCAGAGGCCCAAGUCGUGGAGGAGAUUAGUUUGGAUACAAAUAAUACAAAAGCGCCUGUGUUGACCAUGCUGAAGAGCGAAACCGAUCAAGCAAUCUUUGUUGGCACUGACCUAGGAGUUUUCAAGGUACCGUUCGAGCAUUGCAGCGACUUCAACUCUCGUAAUGAAUGUUUGGCCAUUGUGGACCCUUACUGCAGUUGGGAUGGUAGUUCCUGCGUAAGCUCUGGUGGAGGGGAACAGUAUCUACAGAAUGGAACUCUAUACACGAUAUUUACCGAUCCUGGACUCAAAAUACUCCAAAGUCCAAGGAAUCUCACUCGGAGAGUUAACAUCGCCAACCAGCCGGUCAACCUGUUCCUACUGGCCGAAGCUGAAGCUGGGAGAAACCUGCAGGUCGACAACGGUAUGAUCCCUUGUCCGCCAUGCGACAGUCUACCGUUUACUGAGUACCGGACCACCAGCUCCGGCAAGGAGUAUCUGAUGCUACUCAUCAAUGGAUCGUCCUCGGAGAAUAUGACGUGUCCGUGUUCGGUUGUCGUGGCAACGGACGGUGAUUUCAAUCAGACGGCCGAGUUUACCCUCACUGCGGAUUAUUCAGAUGCCGUAAAUGCAACUGAGACCGAUUUGAACGAGCUGGAAGAUUUUGAAUGCCAGAUCCAGGGCUACAAAGACGAGCUGACCGAUUGGAAGGAACAUGUGGGUGACGCAUGCAGCCUGAAUAACGUGCAAGUUUGUCCGGCAAACUGAUGCUUGUAAUCAACACUACGUCAAUACAGUUGGUCCCAAUCAGCCAUCUUGAUUCAAAAGCGAGGCUACGUCCUUUUUAUUCAUUUUCUGUAGGCUGUACAACGGAGAGGAUUUAGCAGGGGUAUUUUGUAGAUUAUCUUGCUUACGCUCUGAUGGGUAAUUCCAAAUUACGGGCAAAGAGUUUUGUCACCUUUAGUUUCUAAAUGGAAAAAAUCAACGUGAGGCUGCAUCUCUAAUUGUAGCAACAUAGCCAAGUGCUCAACAAAUGACGUGGAUUUUUGGGAGUACAUUGUUAAUUGAACGACCAUCUUGGUAAUAAAGCCCUCUCCUGGUGACCCAUUGGUUUACUUUAUAAUAUACACAUUUAUAUAUAUAUUAAUUUGCAAAAAUCCUUGGUGUCUAAUGGUUGAUUUAAUUAUCUUUUCAAAACAUAACGCUUUACUUUGAUGCACUUGUAAAACUUGCUUACACGAGCUGCAUGUAGCUCAAUAUAAACAUUGCGAAAUAACAUUUUUUGUGAUUGUCUUCCGCGGGAAAGAAAGUAGAAGAUAAGUGAUCCAAACAGAGUAAAAAUAAUCGAAAAGGAUACAGAUUAAGAGGAGUCUAAGGAGAUUUAAAUGGGGUCAACUUUGCAAAAUGUUUUCAGUGAGCUAUAAUUUGAAAUGUUAUUACCAAUGUUAGAAAGAUACCGUCAUUUGGUUAGACGUAAUAGUUUAGCUCAUGUGUUUAGCUUAAAGAGGUUUAUGUAUCAACUGCUUUAUACCUGUCAGUUUUAUGAUUUUUUACACAGUACUUGGGUAGUCCAAUUUGAUGUUGGUCUAUUUUAAUAAAGUAGUCAUGUCACAAGA